AUUUAACUAAUACUUCCCUAAUCUAUCUGGUAUGACUAUGUAUCAAUUUGUAUAUUUGAUCUUUAAAUUUUCAAUCUAACGUUCUAAACUGACUUAUCUACAGUUCUAUCCAUUUACACAUUUUACCAACACACAUACUCUGUACUGAUCAUUUAUAUUUUGAUUUAUUCCUAUCAUGUGAUACUAUACAAUGAUGUAACAUUUAUAUUUCUGUUUCACCAAUACCAAUCUGAUACAAAACGACUCAUUAUACUGUGUACCAUGGUAUGACUAAUGGUAAUAUGCUUAUAGUACCAACUCACUCUAAUGUUGAUGGUUUGAACUUUUUUUAAUUUAUUAAAAGUUGAUAACAAAACUGAAUUCUAAGGAUUUUCUUUUUCAGUUUGCCCACUCAACAAUCAAAACAAUUCCAGAUGUUAUACUUAAUGAUUCAGAAUGUGAAGCUUAUUUAAACGAAGCUGUACCCAAGGCCAAAUUUUAUUGAAAAUGAUAUAAUCGUGUAAUGGACGAAAAUAUUCUUCAAAUUUUUGAAGUUUAAUGAUUCUAUAAAGGUAUAAUUAACUUUAGUUCAAUCUACAGUUACUUAUGUGUAAAAUUAAAAAACAAGUGUUUAAUAAAAACCCCUAGAGAUAAUAAUUGUAUGUGGUCCAAUUUAUUAAAACACAAUUAAUCCAAUUUUAAUAAUUCCUAAUUAAAAACAAUUAAUUAUUUAAAUAUAUUCAGUUUCUUAAUUAAUAAAAUUUCAAUUUAUACACUCCCCAUUCAUAAAAUAACUUAAAUAAUAAAAGAAAUUCUGUAUAUUAACCAACUAUAUGAGAUAUAAAUGUCAAUAUUUUUAUUAAUAUAUCUAUUAAUAUGGAAUUUAAAUGGUGUUAAAUGCGCUGGGGAAGAUACACGAACUGUUACUGGUCAACCUAGUUGUGGAGAGGACCAAACUAAAACACAAAUAACGUUGGUAGAACUUGACAUAAAAACAAAAAAUAACACAACUGAAUACAGUUACUCCAAGGAAAAUAAUGAAGGAACGUUCGUAACUAAAGCUGAUUGUGGGUUCAAAAAAAUCAAACUGGGCAAGACAGUUAUUUGGGAAUCAAGCGAUCCCAAAAAGUAUGCUUACAAAGUUGUUAUAGAUGGUCUGGGGUUUUUAUCAAGCACUAAGAAUAUUUUUAUAUAUCUUGAUGGCUGCGUUAUGCAUUUCAAAAAAUCAAGUCAAAAUGACAGUUGGGAGGAACAGGGUACUACCCAACAAGAAUCUACUAAUAAACAAACUACUACCCCUAGGACAACUCCACCAACUGCAGCAUCUACUACUCCUACAACUCCAGCAACUACAACACCUCCGACUACUGCUGCUACAACUUCUCCUGUUACAACUACAACACCUACAACUACAGCUGUUACUCCAACUCCUGUAACACCUACAACUACUGCUGCUACAACUGGUACUACACCUGUUACUCAACCAUCUACAACACCCGUAACAACUGCUGCAGCUCCUGAGGCUAAACCUAUAAUACCUCCUACAUCUGAAGUAAGUGGAGGGGCAGUUACUCCUCCAACUACUGCUGCUCCUGCAGCUACAACACCUACAACAGCUGUUACUCCAGCCGAGGCAACUCCUGAACAAGCUAAGGUACCAGAGACUAAAUCUACAACUCCUGCAACUCCAUCUGUUACUCAAGCAACUGUAACUCCUACUCAGGCUCAAGCUACAACACCUGUAACAACAACUCAACCAAGUUCCACACAACCUAAGGCUCCUGAGUCUACUACUACCACACCUGUAACCGUUGGUCCUGCAUCAUCUUUGAUAACUACAGAGAGUGAAUCAGGCGAAAAUUUUCUUUAUGCUUCAUUUUAUGACUCUGAUGUUAAACUUUAUUCUCAAGAUAAAUCAGAUCCUAAUAAGUUUGUCGAACUUGAUGCCAAUAAAUAUGAACUCGACAAAAGUAAUCAAUACAUACAUAAAUAUACUUUCAAUAAUGAAGGGAAAUGUGUUAAAUUUACACUAAAAAAUCAUGAAAUUUGGAAACAUGGUGAUAAUAAUUGCCAAGAAUAUCCCAAAACAAUAUAUUUACACAAAGGUAAAACGAUUGUUUUUAUAGAAUUCCCAAAUAAUUCUUUUAAUUUCUAUAGAUUUUCUGUUAAAGAUAAUAAUAUGAAAUUAGAAACUUUACGUAAACUCGAAGAUAACUUUGAAUCCAAACAUAAGCUUUUGACUCUUGAAGGUGAUGGAUCAUCAACUAAAGAGAAUGAUAAGGCUAAGUAUGAACUUAAAAAAUACGACUUUGCCUAUGAAUACAAAUUUAAUUCUGAUGCUAAGUGUACUUCUGUAAAGUUUGAUGGUAAAGAAGUAUGGAAAUAUGAUUCUUCACAUGACCAAAAUAACUAUCCGCUAUUGGUUUAUUUUUUAUCCAAGUACCUUGUAUUGUUUUUAAAAAAUGAUAAAUGUUUCUUCAUUGAUCCUGAUAAAGUAUUAUAA